AUGUUCAUCAGGUGUGAACGAUGUCGAUUCGCAAAGUUUCCGACAGAAUAUGCGCUCAUUUCGCAUUGCAAAAACGAUCACGGACUGAAGGAAUUUUUUGUACGCUAUCGUUUCACAGUCGAGGGCGAGCGCAAAUCGUUGGAGUUGAAGUUGAAGAUGCGAGCUUGUAUUCAGCGUCAGCGCAUUGGAUGCGAGGAUAACCUGGGUUUGGGUACUUCGAAUGGGCAUAACAGCUUGUUCCACGGGACAAGUGAAAAGUUUAAGUAUGAAGAUCCGGACAGUUUCCCGUCAUCCGUGGAACCGUCAGGUUCUUCAUCGGACCAUAACACCGGAGCAGGACAACCAGGAUCUGGAUCUUCUGCUGGUUCCGGAGGUGUGGUUCCUCCGUCGACAUCACCUACCGGAAUAGCUACCACUCCCACAUCAGUGAUACCUCAACUUCCACGCCAUGUAACAAGCAACGGUGGAGCUGCAACUCACUCGUUGUUAGGUUAUGGGUCAAUGGAUUCUAACUCUCAGUUACACCUCACACAUGGCCAUCAUUUGCACAACUACGGAAGCAACUUUCCAUCUGGUUCCGGCCCCUCAUCUGUGUUGGCUGACCUGUCUCCAAUGGAUUUUGCGAGCGAUGCUAUGAGCUCAGGAAUGGACUUUGCC